GCAGCGCUGCUAUUGGAAAGUAUUUUCGGGCUGCUGGCCGCUGACGUGCCCUCCAUCCCAUCUGCCUCACAUCAUCCUGUCAACCAGAGGUUACACCAGCCGGGAUUACGCUCGCAAAUAUGUGAUUUUGUACGAAUACUACAGCCAGUUGGGUGUUUGAGGUUGCAUGCGGCUAUCUACAAACUCGCACCGCUAGUAAAUAAGUAACGUGUGCGCCGGAGCAGCUUCUGUAUUUUCAAGGUUUCUUAGGUUGUUGGACGGGACAGCUGCAUCGACUGAGGUUCCCGGCGUAUUGCUCUACCUCCAUCCCUGCGAUGCUGCCCUGCCUGCGGAGAGUCCUGCGGCCCGCCCUCUCUUUGAGAGCCGGGGCUGCGUUGGCCACAGCCGGACGCAACCACCAAACACCCGCCAUAGCACGGUUCGCCUCAGAGCCUCCUCUCUCCAUACUGGUGCAGCGGUGUAACAUGGGCACACAUCCACUGAAUGAGCUCGUGGAGCCCCUCGACUCUCCCCGGGGAGCCAAGGAGUUUAUUUAUACUCUCCAUCCGUCUGAGCGUACCUGUCUGCUGCGAGAACUGCACAAGUUCGAGUCCAUAGCCAUAGCUCAAGGGCAGCUGGAAGUUGCACCACCUACUGCAGCAGAGUUAAGAUAUGUUCUACUGCACAAUGCAAUCCCGUUCGUUGGAUUUGGAUUCCUGGACAACUGCAUCAUGAUCGUUGCUGGCACACACAUUGAAUUAUCCAUUGGCGUGGUCCUCGGCAUUUCAACUAUGGCUGCUGCUGCCCUUGGCAACCUGGUGUCUGACCUGGCAGGACUAGGGCUGGCAGGUUAUGUGGAGGCCUUGGCGUAUCGGCUGGGAAUGCAGAUUCCUGACUUAAGCCCAAAACAGGCUGACAUGUGGCAGACCAGAGUCAGCUCCCAUGCGGGCAAAGCCAUUGGUGUUGCCAUCGGCUGUAUCCUCGGCAUGUUUCCUCUUUUUUUCUUCAAGGACGAUGAUGAGAAGAAGAAGAAGAAAGAAGGACAGAUGGAGGCGAAGGAGAAAACACAACCACCACCUGCUCCAACAGAGAACAGCAAAAACUGAAAAUAACAUCUCGCCAGAGACAAAUACUUUUUUGAAAUCCAUUAGAAUACUUUAAACUGGGACUGAUUGCCGUUGUCUGAUGGACUGGAGUGUAUGGAAAUGUCAUUGAACCCGUUACAGUCUAAUCACCGGGUACUUUACUUUGCAAGGCCCAGUCAAACUAUCAAAGGUAUUCUGAAGAGGAUUUUAGAUAUUUGAUUGUAGACUUUAAACUUAAGCACAGGGACCUGAUCAUCUCUUGAAGAAACAAGAAAUGGUUGAUUCAUUUGACCGCUGCUACUCCAACUAUUGCGCCGUGACCUCACAUUGUCUUGACUGACCGACACAGGCUGAAACUCAUUUAUCUAAAACUUUCCAUCUAAAACACACUGCAGUGGCCUCUUUCUCUCCUCUGCUCGGAGUCUGUUGAAUAUAUAAACCUCUGACUCUACAUGAGUAGAAGCUAGGUAAAGGUAGUUGACAGUUUGAGGGCUCCCUAAAAUAUCACAACAAACUUUUAGAGCUUAUUCAGAAAAAAAUUACCAUACAUGGCAUUUUGACGUUGAAGGUUUCUUGUAUAUUGGCAGAAAUUGUGAUAAUUAAUAGAGGAAGACUGAACAAAGAGACAUGCCAAUGGCUCGAUUCAGCAGUGUUAAGCUAAGUCCCAAGGAAAGGGUCACUUUUGCAUGCACCCUUCAACAUCAACUACAUUAUUCUUCGGUUUUACAAGCAUGUCUGCCUUUUGAUGAUGUCACAGUCUUAAAAAGUCCCGCCUCAUUUACACUCAACGACAACCAGUCAGCUGCUUUUAGUGUGAGUCGGGCGGUUAAAUGUUACACCUGCUAGCUGCGCCUUUACUUCUUUAGAUUAUUAUUUUUUUGUUUGUGUGACUUUAUAUUAUAUGGUGUGACGAUCACCCAAAGCAGUAACAUGCACCAAAUGUCUAACAUGUAUACUGGAAUAGGUAGGUGCAGUUCACCAAAAUCUUUCAAAGAGCAGUUUGUUACUUUCCUCUAAGCAGGAAGGAGAUGAACACCGAGAGGCAGAGGGAGGAAAAGACAGAGUAGCUGUGGCAGAAAGAUAAGAAAUGCCAACACUGAACCACCUGUCCCAUUUGCUCCGUCUCUUUGGUUCCAAUACCAUUUGAUUUAUCUCCUCGUCAACCUGCAGGUGAACUGCAACACACCUCUCCCAUGCAUGGUAAGCCCAGUGGAUAUUUUCAGUUGGACUGCUUUCUAACACUUACGCACAACUAAACUCUAUACCUACAAUUAUAUUAUAUUGUCUCUUCUCUACUGCCCUCUUCUGGGUGAAAUUGAGAGGAAGUUUCUUUCAGUUGAGUUCAUUUUUUACCUUGAUGCUGCCACACACUUGCGGUUAUAAAUCUUUUAAAGCUUUUCCUGUUUAGUGUUCCAGCCCCUCAAUGGCUAGUUGAGUUUCUCUGGCUAUAAUUGAUCCCUUACUCCCUAUAAUUAUAUUUCUAAAUCAUUGUUCUUAAUUUGAUAUUCAAACCAAGUAAUCUGCAGCAUCAGCCAGCCAUGAAACAUGAAGGCAGAAAGGAUUUAUUUGGGAUGAUAAGAUACUACAAUCCAUCCAAGUCUUAAUUUAGCUGUCACUGAUUUCGUGGUUGCUCGACACAGGUUGCUCAUCUCAACAGCAGAACUGAAGCCUGUUGUUUAUGGCGUUGAAUCUGUUUUGGAAGUUAAAAUGAAAGGAAGCAGCCACGUGUCACUGAAUGGAUUGCAGCAAAUGUAUUUAUUUUUGUUAUAAUAUUCAGACUUGUAUUUAUGUAUGUUCACACUGUAUAUUAUCGUUAUCUCAAAGGACUAUGUUAAGAAUAGAUAUUUGUCAGCACAAAAACACCUUUUGUUAGUAUAUUUCCAGCAGAAUUCUUUAACAGGAAGGACUUUGCAACCGAUCGCUCUAUGUUACAGUCCAUAACUAAACUUAUGAAACAUACUCUGAAGACUUUCACCCUGUAUACGAUUGUUCUGGUUAUUUAUUAUGUGGGUAACAGUGAUCCUAAACAGUGAUAACAAUGAAGAAAAGAAUUGAACAUAUUUAUGUAGUUAGGAUUUUUGAUCUGAUUGCUCGAUUUCCACCUUGCAUGCACUGCUAAUAAAACAACCUAUUGUACAUGUUUAUUGUGUAAGAAUCAUAAAAAAAA